GCCCUCCGCCGAUAUUAUCCACUAUUUUUUCUCUAUUCUCCUAAUAUAUUAAAAAUAAAAUCAAAUUAUUCCCAAACAUAAUAUAAGAAUCCAGAAUAAAGAACACAGAAAAGACACGACGCUCAUUACUUCCAUAUGGUGGCAUGUGGCUUCUGGGUGUGCCGCGUGGUCGUCGUCGACAUGAAUCCCUCCUAUUCUUCGACCACCGGAAUCUCCAAUCUCACCCCCUACAAACUUCCUCCGUUCUUCACUUCCAGGAGCGCCGUCAAGCUUUUCGGGUUUGGUUCUCAGAGGAAGGCCCAUCUCAGGAGACGUCUUAAGCUUGUUGUGAGCGCUGAGCUCUCCAAACCUUUCUCUCUCAGCUUCGGUUUGGACUCUCAGGCCUUCCGGUCUCAUGAUCUAUCACAGUUGCCUAGGAUUGGUCCAGUUCCUGGGGAUAUUGCAGAGGUUGAGGCAUACUGUAGAAUAUUUCGAGCUGCCGAGUGGCUUCAUUGUGCAUUAAUGGACACAUUAUGCAAUCCAUUAACUGGAGAAUGUAGUGUUUCAUAUGAUUUCACAUCUGAGGAAAAACCAUUAUUGGAAGAUAAGAUAGUGUCUGUGCUUGGUUGCAUGCUGUCUCUCCUAAACAAGGGAAGGGAGGAUGUUCUCUCUGGAAGAUCAUCCAUCAUGAGUUCCUUUCGUGUUGCAGAUGUAAGUGCAAUGGAGGACAAACUUCCACCACUUGCCAUUUUUCGGGGUGAGAUGAAAAGGUGUUGCGAGAGCUUGCACUUUGCUCUUGAGAACUAUUUGACACCUGAUGAUGAUCGAAGCUUUGAUGUAUGGAGGAAACUGCAGAGGCUGAAAAAUGUCUGCUAUGAUUCUGGUUUUCCACGUGGUGAUGAUUAUCCCAGCCAUAUGCUCUUUGCAAACUGGAAUCCUGUUUAUUUAUCCACUUCAAAAGAAGAUAGAGAAUCUAAGGAGGCAGCUUUUUGGAGUGGUGGCCAGGUGACAGAGGAAGGUUUGAAAUGGUUAAUUGAUAAAGGAUAUAAAACUAUUGUAGAUCUUAGAGCAGAGAAUGUGAAGGAUAUUUUCUAUGAAGCAGUGGUACAUGAUGCUGUUUUGUCUGGAAAAGUUGAAUUGGUCAAAUUUCCAGUUGAAGCUCGUACUGCACCUUCAAUGGAGCAGGUUGAGAAGUUUGCAUCUUUGGUUUCAGACUCCAGCAAAAAGCCCAUCUAUCUUCACAGUAAAGAAGGAGCGUGGAGAACUUCUGCUAUGGUUUCCAGAUGGAGACAGUACAUGGCUCGCUCUGCACUGCAGCUUGUCUCUAAUCAACCAAUCGUUCCCAAUGAAAUUCUAUCACGAGAUCCUGAUGGAAGGGAAGAACUGCACGUGCUUUCAGAUGUCAGAGAAAGUAAAUCCCUGAAGGAUGAAAAUGAGUCUCUACAACAGAGUUCAGAUACAAUUAAUAGUUCCAAUGGAGUAUUUCAUGAACAGGCCUCUCGAGCAUUCGAUAACAAAGAGGAGAGCAGUAAUGGUGCCUAUAAUAGCCAUUCUAGUCAAGGUAUGGCAUCGAUUGAAAAAAUUGAUAAUGGGGUAGGGUCUCAGGUGAGCUUCUGCCGGGAAAUUGAUCCUCUAAAGUCUCAGUUUCCUCCUUGUGAUGUAUUCUCCAAAAAAGAGAUGUCCAGGUUUCUUAGAAGUAAAAAGAUCACCCCCCCAACUUAUUUGAAUUAUCAACAGAAAGGAUUUGAGAAUUUGCCAGUUUUAGGAGAGACAUACAUUGGGACAAGGCAGAGGAGUAAAACCAAUGGUACUGGUUCUGCAUCAAGGCUUGUGGAGACAGGUGGUUCCAAUGGGUCUCUUAGUCAUUCAAAUGUAUCUCCCAAGGCUCAGAGCUCAGCUGCUGCUAAUGGGGCACUUAAGAAUGAUGAUAGUUGUGUUUCUGUUGGUUCAACUGUGAAUGGAUUUUAUAAAGGGGAAAGGUGUUCCAUGACUGGGUCUGAUGGCUCUAGCUUUGUAAAUAACAAAUUAAAUAAGGAUGCUACAUCUACAACUGUUAGGGAGGAUCAGAAAAGCCAUGACAAGGCCUCCAUAGUUUCAGGUGAUGAUGUCUUGGGACAGAUUGAAGGAAAUAUGUGUGCUUCUACAACAGGGGUUGUGAGGGUUCAGUCCAGAAAGAAAGCAGAGAUGUUCUUAGUUCGCACUGAUGGAUUCUCAUGUACUAGAGAAAAGGUAACUGAAUCCUCCUUGGCCUUCACUCAUCCCAGUACCCAGCAACAGAUGCUUAUGUGGAAAUCUACACCAAAGACUGUAUUAUUGUUGAAGAAGCUAGGACAAGCACUAAUGGAAGAAGCUAAAGAGAUUGCCUCUUUUUUGUUUUACCAAGAGAAGAUGAAUGUUCUUGUUGAACCAGAAGUGCAUGACAUAUUUGCAAGAAUCCCGGGUUUUGGAUUUGUUCAAACUUUCUAUAGUCAAGAUACCAGUGAUCUUCAUGAGAGGGUUGAUUUUGUGGCUUGCUUGGGAGGAGAUGGCGUUAUACUCCAUGCAUCAAAUCUAUUUAGAGAUGCUGUUCCCCCUGUUGUAUCGUUUAAUCUUGGAUCUCUUGGAUUUCUCACAUCCCAUACAUUUGAAGACUACAGGCAGGACUUAAGACAAAUCAUCCAUGGGAACAGCACACUGGAUGGCGUUUAUAUAACUCUGAGAAUGCGUCUCCGUUGUGAAAUUUUUCGAAAUGGAAAUGCCAUGCCUGGGAAAAUAUUUGAUGUCAUGAAUGAGAUUGUUGUUGAUCGUGGCUCCAACCCGUACCUAUCUAAGAUUGAAUGUUAUGAACAUGAUCGCCUUAUAACUAAGGUGCAAGGUGAUGGAGUAAUAGUUGCCACACCUACAGGGAGUACUGCUUACUCAACAGCUGCUGGAGGUUCCAUGGUGCAUCCAAAUGUUCCGUGCAUGCUGUUUACUCCAAUUUGCCCACACUCCCUCUCAUUUAGACCUGUUAUACUUCCAGAUUCUGCAAGGCUUGAGUUAAAGAUCCCGAAGGAUGCACGAAGCAAUGCAUGGGUUUCAUUUGAUGGAAAGAGAAGGCAGCAACUCUCAAGAGGAGAUUCUGUUAGAAUAUCCAUGAGCCAGCACCCUCUCCCAACUGUCAACAAAUCUGAUCAAACUGGUGAUUGGUUCCACAGCUUGGUCCGUUGCCUGAACUGGAACGACAGGCUUGAUCAGAAAGCCCUUUGAAGCCUCCAAAUAAAACCCAGGUCCAAGGUUUGUAUAAAUUACUGUACAGUUUAGUUAGUAAGUUAUGAAAACUACAGCGAAUCUAACCUGUGAAGAGUAACUAUUAUUCAUCACCAAUAUUGGCUCCCUAUCAGAAUAGGGGCUUCCAUUUUUUUUCCUCACUUUUCCCAAUAAAUGUAAUUGUAUACUGUCACUGAUACAUGGUAAUAAAGAUUAAGCCUACAGCUCUUUCAUGUUUAUGAAA